GUGUCAGUCCGAGCUGCCUCUGUAUUAAUAUGACUAACAGCAGAGGGCACUGUGCUGCAUGUCACUUUCAGCAGCGCUGAAAACUGAAGAAGACGCUCCCAAACAAAAGUCGCCCUUGAUCAGAAAUGAGUUCAGUUUGUGUUUAUUGAGGCACAACCUCACAAACUCACAAUGUCCCAAGAGCAGCUAGUGGUUCAGAAAGCCAGGAGGGCCUUUCAAACAGGGAGAUCUAAACCCCUCGAUUACAGAAUCCAGCAGCUGAAAAAGCUGAAGUGCUUCAUUGCAGAAAAACAGAAGGAGAUCACUGAUGCUCUCAAAAAGGACCUUAACAAGAGUGAGAAUGGAACCAAGUUUUACGAGUUGCUUGGACUUGAGGGAGAGAUCAACCUGGCUAUCAGCAAACUCUCAGAGUGGGCAUCCCCUCGCCCUGUGGACAAAAACCUUCUUACCAUUUCAGAUGAGGUGUAUGUCCUGCCAGAACCUCUUGGCGUUGUGCUCAUCAUUGGAGCUUGGAAUUAUCCAUUCGCUGUUACCUUUCAACCACUUGUUGGAGCUAUUGCUGCUGGUAAUGCAGCAGUGAUCAAGCCCUCUGAGGUCAGUGCUCACACAGCCAAAGUCAUGGAGCUACUGCCUCUCUACUUGGACCCGGAGAUGUACCCUGUUGUGACUGGAGGAGUUCCAGAGACUCAGGAGCUUCUGAAGCAGCGCUUUGACUACAUCUUCUAUACAGGAAACAGCACAGUGGGCAAACUGAUUAUGGAAGCUGCUGCACAGCAUCUCACACCAGUGACUCUGGAGCUGGGAGGAAAAAGUCCCUGUUACAUUGAUAAGAACUGUGAUCUUGCAGUGGCCUGCCGUCGUAUUACAUGGGGGAAAUAUGUUAAUUGUGGCCAGACAUGCAUCGCACCAGACUACAUCCUCUGUGAACCCAGCAUCCAAGACAAAGUGGUGGAGGAGAUCCGGAAGUGCAUUAAGGAAUUUUAUACAGAUGACCCAAAGACCUUCACAGACUAUGGACGCAUCAUCAAUCAGCGACAAUUCAAGAGGAUAAUGGCUUUGCUUGACGGAAGCAAAGUGGCAAUAGGAGGAGAGAACGAUGAAUCCCAAUGUUACAUUGCUCCCACUGUCUUGAGGGAUGUGACUCCAGACUCAAAGGUGAUGCAAGAGGAGAUCUUUGGGCCUGUACUGCCUAUUAUCCCUGUAAAUGGACUGAAUGAAGCCAUUCAGUUCAUCAAUGAGAGAGAGAAGCCUUUGGCACUUUACGUUUUCUCUUCCAGUAAUAAGGUAAUCAAACAAAUGAUUAAAGAGACGUCCAGUGGAGGACUAGUAGCCAAUGACUGUCUCAUUCACUUUACCCUCAGUGACUUGCCUUUUGGUGGUGUUGGUAACAGUGGAAUGGGUCAUUAUCAUGGCAAAUACACGUUUGAUCAAUUGAGCCACCUGCGUGGCUGCCUCAUCAAAAAGUUGAACAUGGAGAGGGUGAACCAGAUGCGCUACCCUCCCCAUUCUGACAGAAAACUGAACUGGGCUCGGGUGCUUUUCCUGAAGCAGGUGAACUUAAGCCGCUGGAGCCGGCUGGCACAUGCUGCUGUGCUGGUAGCACUGGCAGCUUUCGUGGUAAAAAGGUUCCUGCGAUAAGACAGCUUGGCAGGGUUCGCUCAAGGUGCUGUAUAUGGUUCCUCUGUGAUAAAGUUUUACAAUAGGUUUAUGUUUUAUCUGAUAAAAAAUAAAUCGUGUUAUAUAACACUUAUAUUCUGAACACUAACUAAACAUACUCUUUAUAUAUAUUAUAUAUGU